UUCUGCUUAAUUCCUUGCAGGGAUAUGUAAGGAGUGAUGUAGCAUACCUGAUGUGAAGUCUAACACAGAUACCUUAGGAAAUUCUGGUGAUUAAAGAUCAUGGCAACCAUAGAGGAACUGGCCCAUCAAAUUUUUGAACAGCAAAUGGGAGAGGUUACACAUUCCCAGGAAGGCGGUACACAAACACUAAUGGAUGGGACACCACAACGAAUACAGAUUGUCCCUGCAGAUUCGGGCCUCUCUUUAUCACAACGCAUACAGAUUGUCACAGAUCAGCAGACGGGCCAGAAGAUUCAGAUUGUUACAUCACUUGAUCAGAGCUCAGCAGGCAAGCAGUUCAUCUUAACAAAUCAUGAUGGCUCUACCCCAAGCAAGGUGAUCCUUGCCAGACAAGAUUCCACUCCAGGAAAAGUUAUCCUAGCAACUCCAGAUGCUGCAGGUGUCAACCAACUGUUUUUUGCAUCCCCUGAUAUAUCUGCACAACACAUCCAGAUAUUAACGGACAACUCCCCCAGUGAACAGGGCCUAAAUAAAGUGUUUGAUCUGUGUGUUGUGUGUGGAGACAAAGCAUCAGGGCGUCAUUAUGGAGCAGUAACCUGUGAGGGAUGCAAAGGGUUCUUUAAGAGGAGUAUACGGAAGAAUUUGGUUUAUUCCUGCCGAGGAACGAAGGACUGCGUCAUCAACAAACACCACCGGAAUCGCUGUCAGUACUGUAGGCUGCAGAGAUGCAUUGCCUUUGGGAUGAAACAAGACUCUGUACAGUGUGAGAGGAAACCAAUUGAAGUGUCAAGAGAAAAAUCUUCCAACUGUGCAGCUUCUACAGAAAAGAUCUACAUUCGGAAAGAUCUUCGUAGUCCAUUAGCUGCAACCCCAACUUUUGUAACAGACAAUGAAACAGCAAGAUCAACGGGUUUACUGGAAUCAGGAAUGUUUGUUAACAUUCAUCCAUCUGCAAUAAAAAGUGAACCUACUGUGCUGAUGACUCCAGAUAAGGUAGAAGCAUGUCAAGGAGAUUUAAGUACACUGGCAAAUGUGGUGACUUCACUAGCAAAUCUCAGUAAAUGUAAAGAUGUGUCACAAAGCAGUACAGAGCUAUCCAUGAUCGAAAAUUUGAGUAAUGGAGAUGCAUCAUUAUCUGAGCUCAAGCAAGAAGAACAAUCUAGUAGUGAUGUUACAAGGGCAUUUGAUACUCUUGCAAAAGCAUUAAAUCCAGGAGAGAGUGCAGCAUGCCAGAACUCUGAAAGUGUUGACACCAGUGCACAGCUGCUUGGUGGAGAAACCAGCAUGAACAUCGUUGAAAUAGAGGGGCCACUUCUCAGUGAUGCACAUGUAGCAUUUAGGCUCACCAUGCCUUCUCCUAUGCCUGAUUAUCUCAAUGUUCACUAUAUCUGCGAGUCUGCCUCCAGGUUGCUUUUCUUGUCCAUGCACUGGGCACGUUCCAUUCCAUCUUUCCAAGCUUUGGGACAGGAUAACAGCAUAUCAUUAGUAAAAGCCUGCUGGAAUGAACUUUUUACGCUUGGUCUAGCACAAUGCUCACAAGUUAUGAAUGUGGCAACGAUCUUAGCUGCUUUUGUUAAUCACCUUCAAGGCAGUUUACAGCAAGAGAAAUUGCCAACAGACAGAGGAAGGCUAGUAAUGGAGCAUGUCUUCAAAUUGCAAGAGUUUUGUAACAGCAUGGUUAAACUGUGUCUAGAUGGAUAUGAAUAUGCAUAUUUGAAAGCAAUUGUCCUCUUCAGUCCUGGGAUACAUUUUCUGAAGACCUGCAGUUUGAUUUUCUGAAGUGUUGCUCUUGCACAUCCAGAUGAGAUAGUUUUUCAUAUAUUAAAAUCCCAACUUCAGUCUAUCUGGGCAUCAGUUCUCACAUUCAGAAUUACAGAAACAUCACCUCUCCCCCACAGAGACAAUGCAUAUAGCAUUUCUGGCAAAUGAGCACCACAAACAUUCACUUAUGUUAUUAUUUCUGUCUUCUAAACAAGUAUUUACCUAAUGUACUCUCAGCAGCAUUACUAGACAGACAUUAGACAGUGGAGAUAAUAUAACUUUAUUUCCCUUCUGGGUGAUUAGUUUACAAUAGGGAGGAAAGAGUCCUCUGGUUAUGGUAGAUACUUACUGGGUAAUUGCAUUGUGUCCCUUAUGCCUGGAUGUAGAAAGUUACAAAAUUAAUUUUCUUACUUGGAAGUUGCAGAAUUAACUUUUCACAAAAGGUAUUUAGAUAUUUUAUCAGCAUCCUGCAGGCCUUAGGUUCAUCAUUCAUAAUUGGGAUUUAAUACAAAGCCAAAUAAAGACUUUUAUCAAAAGAAAAUGUGCAAAUCUCAAGUACUUCCUCUGUCUCCAAGAGUUUUUCACUCUCACAUUUAGAAAGUAAGUCUUUGGUUACUCCAUUUCGCAUUAGAAGGUGUUAAAAGCACCAGCAGCUUCCUUCAUCCUUGUUGCUCUGCCUUUUGAAGAUGUUGAUGUCCUGUAAAAAGGAUUAGAGCAGAUGUUAAAAUGCUUACAGAAUCUUAAUGACCCCUGUCAGUAGUGUAGGACAUGGAGGAGAUCUGGGUAGUUGGUUCUUUAGACUUAUUAGAUCCAAGAAGAACUUUCUUUUUGCAUUCACUUGCAGUUCACCCUUACAUAGAAAAACUAGUUGAGGUGAGAAAAUCUUUUAGAAUUUGGACACUUCUAAAAUGUAAAUUUUAAGCAGGUUUUCUAAUAUAUAGAAUUAGUAUAUUAUGAGGUUCUUGCUUUGCAGUUUCCCUCAGAUUUGCAUGAUAUUUUUUACUAGGUAUAUACUACUAUGUAGUAUCUACCUAGUAAAAGAUAUAUGUAGUAUCUAUCUCGUAAAAGUGGCAGCAUUAUCAGGAAUUCAUGGUAUUCAUCAAAGAGCACAAACAAAACCCUGCAUCUCUUCCAUUGCUACCUAUAUAUAUAAAACUUUAUAUUGCAGUAAUGGAAGACUUCUGAGAUGAAAGACAUUCAUGCAAAUAAAAGGUGGUAUAAGUAGAGUCAGAAUCCUUGAGAAAAGAUGACAAAUAUCCAGAGGGAUUCCUAUUGUGAUAUUUUUUCUAUUGUGGAUCACUAAGGAAAAUCAGAUCCUGGGUGUUUUACUCUAAGACAUAAUCCUGCUGUCAGUCCUUCUGACCAGGAGAGUCUUGCAUGGUUUUAUGUGUUUGCUUGUAUAGCUCACAGUAUCACUGAGACAGUUUCAGUUUCCUGAUAAGCAGGACUCGCCAUUAAACCCACUUGGUUUAAACACAGUACUAAACAUGCUUGAAAAUCUUGGCAGUUUUCCUUUUCUGCUGAGGAUUGAACAGUUGCAAAUACACCAUUAUUACAGAAGAGACAUUCUCUAAGUGGAUGGUAGGAGGGUGUCUGCUGGUUUAAUUUUAAUAAAUAAGACUUGCAGGAGAUACAAUUCUCCUCCAAGUGUUCUUAACGCAAACAAUCCUUUUCAUGGCAUUCCUCUACAAAAACUGGUAGAGGUUAUGUCAAGGAAGAAACAAAAUUAUGGGAGACUACCUCAAGUCCAUUUUUUUGGAAUUAUGUCCACUAGGAUUUAUGAUAGAAUCCUCUAUCAUAAAUAGAGGCCUGUGUGGAAAGGUUCCUUCUUGAGGAACCUUACACUUGCAAAGUAGUAUUUACCUAUUAGUUUAGUCUGAAGUUCAUCUCCUUCCAGUUAUAUUUGACAACACAAAAGGUAGAAGGAAAAAUACCUUGGGAAAAUACUCUAGUUCAGUCACAUGAUUGAGAGAAAUUUUCUUUAGCUGAUGUUUUCAAAUUCACAUUACUAAUGACUAGUUGCUUUAAUGGCAAUGUGUUGUCAGAACUCUUGAUCCUUGAGCCGUAUAACAAAAUCUUUGUACAUGUGAAAGUCAUGCUUGGUACCUUGAACAGAAGGGAUGUCCUGGCAAUGACUCACAGGCCAGAAAUUUAAAAUGGCAUGGGUUUUACUGCUGUACAGCAGGAUGGGGCUGGGCUGUGCAUGCAGCAGAGCCCUAAGGUAAGAACAUCUCCUUUAGUAGGCCCUGGUGAUUCAGCUGUGCCAAGCCAGCUGUUUGAUGGCCACAAGACAGCCUUGGGCAGAGAGAUUAGUACAAAGGGUGUGACAAGAAGACUUGGCAUCUUUCUAAAUGGCUGCAAGUGUACAAGCAGUCUUCUUCAAACUGUUCCAGAAGUUGACUUCUUGCUGUGUUCCUGACAUGGCUCUAAAAGCAGCAGCACAAAGUGAUGCAUUUUGCACAUCAACUCUAACUCUUCAUCUACGUGAUUUGUCAUGCUAGUGACAGUAAAAUUUUUACAUUCAGAUAGAUGGAUAAUAAAAUGACAGACCAUGUAGAGAGUUCAGAAUUACUGCAUAAUAAUUUCCAAGAGUGACUUGGCAGUUAGGUUGAUGUCCUUUCAUUUUAGCAACACUUAUAUUUCAAGUAAGUUCAAGUCACUGCUAAAAAAUAUAAUUAGCACAUUUGAAAUUUUUGCACCAGAUAGGUUUGUAUGUAGCAGACUGUUCUUUCUCAAGUAUGUGAAUUAAAAAAGCAUUUGGACAGUGCUCUCAGGCACACAGUGUGAUUCUUAGAGUGUCAUGUGCAGGCCCAGGAGUUGAACUUGAUACUGAUAGGUCCCUUCUAACUCAGCAUAUUCUAUGGUUCACUACUGUUUUCUACAAGUCUUAGGUAGUUCACAGCUUUUUAUUCUGCUUCUUCCACUGAUCUUAAUUUUAUACUUCACAUUUCACCCAAAUAUUAUUUGUGCAUCCAAUGUUCCAGGAAGUGUCAGUGUGUUGAAACAAUCCAGUGUUUUACUGCUACACAGAGAACAGAGCUAUCAUCAAGAUUAACAUAAACAUUGCAAGCACUGAAUUUAUUUGAACUCUUUCAUAUGUCUGAUUUUAUUAUGGAAAGUUAAGUAAAAUAUAAAUGUAAAGAAAGAAAAAUAUAAGCAGGUAAAGUAGUGUCUACCACUAAAGCUGAAGUUACUGCAGCUACCACUUAAUUAUAUCAGUAUAUUGGCAA